AUGGCGCUUUUAUUACCAACCCGACUCGUCCCAACCCGACCCAUCCCAACCCGACCCGACCCGACCCGUCCCAACCCGACCCGUCCCAGCCCAACCCGACCCGUCCCAACCCGACCCGACCCAACCCAUCCCAACCCGACCCGUCCCAACCCGACCCGACCCGUCCCAACCCGACCCGUCCCAACCCAACCCGACCCGUCCCAACCCAACCCGACCCGUCCCAACCCGACCCGACCCGUCCCAACCCAACCCGUCCCAACCCGACCCGACACGUCCCAACCCAACCCGUCCCAACCCGACCCGUCCCAACCCAACCCGUCCCAACCCGACCCGUCCCGACCCAACCCGUCCCAACCCGACCGACCCAACCCGUCCCAACCAGACCCGACCCGUCCCAACCCGGCCCGUCCCAACCCGUCCCGUUCCGUCCCAACCGUCCCAACCCGGCCCAUCCCGACCCGUCCCGACCCGUCACAAUCCGACCCGACCUGUCCCGACCCGUCCCGACCCGACCCGUCCCAACCCAACCCGUCCCAACCCGACCCGUCCCAACCCGACCCGUCCCAACCCGACCUGACACGUCCCAACCCAACCCGUCCCAACCCGACCCGUCCCGACCCGUCCCAACCCGACCCGUCCCGACCCAACCUGUCCCAACCCGACCGACCCAACCCGUCCCAAUCCGACCCGACCCGUCCCAACCCGUCCCAACCCAAUCCGUCCCAACCCGACCCGUCCCGACCCAACCUGUCCCAACCCGACCGACCCAACCCGUCCCAACCCGACCCGACCCGUCCCAACCCGACCCGUCCCAACCCGUCCCGUCCCGUCCCAACCGUCCCAACCCGGCCCAUCCCGACCCGUCCCCGACCCGUCACAAUCCGACCCGACCCGUCCCGACCCGUCCCGACCCAACCCGUCCCAACCCGACCCGUCCCAACCCGACCCGUCCCAACCCGACCCGACACGUCCCAACCCAACCCGUCCCAACCCGACACGUCCCAACCCAACCCGUCCCAACCCGACCCGUCCCAACCCGUCCCAACCCGACCCGUCCCAACCCGUCCCAACCCGACCCGUCCCAACCCAACCCGUCCCAACCCAACCCGUCCCAACCCGACCCGUCCCGACCCAACCUGUCCCAACUUGACCGACCCAACCCGUCCCAACCCGACCCGACCCGUCCCAACCCGACCCGUCCCUAACCCGACCCGUCCCGUCCCAACCGUCCCAACCCGGCCCAUCCCAACCGUCCCAACCCGGCCCAUCCCGACCCGUCCCGACCGCCCCCUAAGGCCCGCCCAUAACCCAGGCCCCCUAAGGCCCGCCCAUAACCCAGGCCCCCUAAGGCCCGCCCAUAACCCAGACCCCCUAAGGCCCGCCCAUAAUCCAGGCACCCUAAGGCCCGCCCAUAACCCAGGCCCCCUAAGGCCUGCCCAUAACCCAGGCCACCUAAGGCCCGCCCAUAACCCAGGCCCCCUAAGGCCCGCCCAUAACCCAGGCCCCCUAAGGCCUGCCCAUAACCCAGGCCCCCUAAGGCCCGCCCAUAACCCAGACCACCUAAGGACCGCCCAUAACCCAGGCCCCCUAAGGCCCGCCCAUAACCCAGGCCCCCUAUGGCCCGCCCAUAACCCAGGCCCCCUAAGGCCCGCCCAUAACCCAGGCCCCCUAAGGCCCGCCCAUAACCCAGGCCCCCUAAGGCCCGCCCAUAACCCAGGCCACCUAAGGCCCGCCCAUAACGCCUGCCUUGCACACAGUCCUCCGGGAGGGGAGCGAGAGAGAUGGGAGAAUUACAGGGAGCAUACCAAAGAUCACACAGGACACCAGAUGAGACAGGAGAAUUACCCCAGAUAG